GGUGCUUGUGAAGUGGAAUGUUUCGUUGAACCGGAUUGCCUCUCCUACAACUACAGAUCCUUGAGUAACACGUGCGAACUGAGCUCUUCAAGCCAUCGGCGCCAACCAGAAAAUCUUACGAGCUGCGACAACGAGAAUUGCACAUAUAGAGCUAUUGAGGAUGCAUGCGCAGGUGUAGUCUGUCCUAAUGAAAACUGCAAGUGCCAAUCAGGCUUUGAUGAGCGUGGAUACCGGUGUGUGUGCAAGGCGUGCUUUAACCGACCAGACUGCAAUCAAGCAUUGCAUGAGCUCCAGUUCCGGCGAGAAAUUCACGCGGAUGCUGUGCACUUCAAACCACUUUCUUUCAUGAACUUUACAGUAGCGUUUUGGGCGCAGUCAGUUGGCAUUGGUACAUGGCAAAGCGUCGUAAGCAUCGCCUACGGGAACAUAUACAAUGCCGUUUUUUUCCUACUAGGAAGUGAUGGCAUCAAACUCUCUGUACAAGGCCUUAUUUUGGGAUUCCACACUGCAUCAUGUGAGGUAUUGGAUGGCAAGUGGCACCAUUUUGCGCUAACGUAUUCAACAGCGCGACAUAAUAACCUAAAGCUGUUUGUGGAUGGUGCUGAGGUCUGGAAAAUCAAACCAGACGCCGAAAAAAUAUCGAGCUACAGAGUGACUGACAGUUACUUAGUACUCGGCCAGGACCAAGACAGUUAUGGAGUAGGGUUCGUUAAUAACCAGCGCUUCAUAGGGAACCUAACUAGCGUCAAUAUAUGGGAUUCUGAUAUGAGAGGAAGUAUACCAGCGUUUGCGAAGCAGUGCGUUUCAGAAGACGGAAAUGUAUUUAGCUGGAAGAAUGCGCACAAGGGCAUUCAAGGCGACAUCAAAGUCGUUUGUCCGACCGAUUGUGAAGCACCAUGAUCAAUGACUUAGGAGGAAAGCGAAAAGCCUUUUCUUCGAUCACACCAUAAACACCCAACAUCGGCAUGAAUCAUACCGAAUAUCAGACCAUAGACACCGUCCUCAAAAGGAUAUAAAACAUACCUAAGAUGAUAGCAUAGACACUGUCCUCCCCAACGGCAUGGAUCAUACCGAAUAUCAGACCAUAGACACCGUCCUCAAAAGGAUAUAAAACAUACCUAAGAUGAUAGCAUAGACACUGUCCUCCCCAACGGCAUGGAUCAUACCGAAUAUCAGACCAUAGACACCGUCCUCAAAAGGAUAUAAAACAUACCUAAGAUGAUAGCAUAGACACUGUCCUCCUCAACGGCAUGGAUCAUACCAGAUAAUAUCAGACACGUCCUCAACAAGAAUAUGAAUCAUCCCUAAGAUUAGACCAUAGACACGUCAUCAACAAGGAUAUGAAUCAUCCCUAAGAUCAGACCAUAGACACGUCAUCAACAAGGAUAUGAAUCAUCCCUAAGAUUAGACCAUAGACACGUCAUCAACAAGGAUAUGAAUCAUCCCUAAGAUUAGACAUUGACACGUCAUCAACAAGGAUAUGAAUCAUCCCUAAGAUCAGACCAUAGACACGUCAUCAACAAGGAUAUGAAUCAUCCCUAAGAUUAGACCAUAGACAAGUCCUCGACAAGGCUUUGAUCAUCCCUAGGAUUAGACCAUAGACACGUCAUCAACAAGGAUAUGAAUCAUCCCUAAGAUUAGUUCAUAGACACGUCAUCAACAAGGAUAUGAAUCAUCCCUAAGAUUAGACCAUAGACACGUCCUCAACAAGGAUAUGAAUCAUCCCUAAGAUUAGACCAUAGACUAUCCUCAACAAGGAUAUGAAUCAUACCAAAGAUCAGACCAUAGACACGUCCUAACAUGGAUAUGAAUCAUCCCUAAGAUUAGACCAUAGACACGUCCUCGACAAGGAUAUGAUCAUUCCUAGGAUUAGACCAUAGACACGUCAUCAACAAGGAUAUGAAUCAUCCCUAAGAUUAGACCAUAGACUCGUCCUCAACAAGGAUAUGAAUCAUACCAAAGAUCAGACCACAGACACGUCCUAACAUGGAUAUGAAUCAUCCCUAAGAUUGGAUCAUUGACACGUCCCCAACAGGGAUAAGAAUCAUCCCUAAGAUCAGACCAUAGACUCGUCCUCAACAAGGAUAUGAAUCAUACCAAAGAUCAGACCAUAGACACGUCCUAACAUGGAUAUGAAUUAUCCCUAAGAUUGGACUAUAGACACGUCAUCAACAAGGAUAUGAAUCAUCCCUAAGAUUAGACCAUAGACUCGUCCUCAACAAGGAUAUGAAUCAUCCCUAAGAUUGGACCAUAGACAAGUCCCCAACAGGGAUAUGAAUCAUCCCUAAGAUCAGACCAUAGACUCGUCCUCAACAAGGAUAUGAAUCAUACCAAAGAUCAGACCAUAGACACGUCCUAACAUGGAUAUAAAUCAUCAUCCCUAAGAUUGGACCAUAGACACGUCACCAACAAGAAUAUGAAUCAUCCCUAAGAUCAGACCAUAGACACGUCAUCAACAAGGAUAUGAAUCAUCCCUAAGUUUAGACCAUAGACACGUCACCAACAAGGAUAUGAAUCAUCCCUAAGAUCAGACCAUAGACACGUCAUCAACAAGGAUAUGAAUCAUCCCUAAGAUUAGACCAUAGACACGUCCUCGACAAGGAUAUGAUCAUCCCUAAGAUUAGACCAUAAACACGUCAUCAACAAGGAUAUGAAUCAUCCCUAAGAUUAGACCAUAGACUCGUCCUCAACAAGGAUAUUAUAAUCCCUAAGAUUAGACCAUAGACUCGUUCUCAACAAGGAUAUGAUCAUCCCUAAGAUUUAGACCAUAUACACUGCCGCAUCUCACCCAAAGAUAGGGCCACUAUGUGGGG